CAACAGCAGCUGCCGCCGCUGCCGUUGUGGUCGAAUUAUUAUCAGUACCUUUUUAUUGUGUUAUCCCUGUUUGGUGGUGACGGAUGGUCCAGGAAUUGACGUGUGUUCCUGGCUAAUCGCAGCGAUGGCUUAGUGGUUGAUGUUUCGUGUGGUGUCUUAUCUGGCAGGGAGUGGUAAUGUUUUAUGGCCGCAUCAAUUUAAUGUGAUACCACGAGAGCAACGUGAUUCUAGCGUGAGUGAGUGUGUCUCGUUGGCGAGCGCAGCGGCAGCUCCCGAGAUGGAGGAAGUCGUGCGCGGGUUCCUCACUAUGGGCGACGCUGCGAGCCACCAACGUGUGCUCGAGUACUUCGAACAACUGAAGCGGUUGCCUGAUGGUUGGCAGCAGUGCGUGUCGGUAGUCACAACAACAGACAUGGACGAUGCAAGUCGAUUUGUCUGUUUAAACGUGAUUGAGCACUAUGUGAAGACCCAGUAUGCGACAGCCGGGGAGCAGGAGCAGAAUAUUCUGCGGAUGAUGGUGACGCAAUGGAUGACUCGUGCCGGCCAGGCUGAUCGGCCGCGCGAUGCAGUCUUCGUGUCAAACAAAUUCGCAUACAUUGUCACACAGAUUGUGGUUGUUGAUUUCCCGACGCGCUGGCGGACAUUCUUCUGCGAUUUGAUGUCGAUCACGAUGAAGCCAGCCUGGGACCUUUACUUGCGCAUUCUAACAGCGAUUAAUCAGGACAUAGCGGAGAGGGAUAUGCAUCGCACCCCAAAGGAGGCUGCCCGGGGCACUUUUAUUAAAGAUUCUAUGCGCGAAACGUGCGUACCCCAGAUCGUCGACACGUGGUAUAACAUUCUGAUGUCGCCAGGUUGUGAGCCGUCUGUGUACGCUCAGUGCUUACAGACAGUCGGUAUGUACGUGUCGUGGAUAGACCUUGGCCUCGUAUUUAACGAGCGCAUGAUGUCACUGCUACUGACGUUUCUUGCUCGUGAAGGUGAAGUACGUGAAGCAGCCGUUGAAUGCUUCACGGAGAUUGUUCACAAGGGAAUGGAGCCUGCCGCUAAAAUUCAACUUGUACUCAGCCUUUUUGGUGCUCUUCAGCCGACACUCGAAGCUGUAUCUCCUGCAACACCCGAUGACGAAAUCGAUUUUGUCAUUAAACUCUCGAAAAUGCUCAACUUUAUGAUGACGCACGCAUUAUUGUCCUGUCAAAAAGUUAGUCCAAGGAGGAAUAGUAAUCUGGACCCCGAGCAGAUGGCGAUUAUGCAAUCAGGAUGGGACCUUAUUGAACAACGGCUAUUUCCGCUUGUGGUAAAGUUGUUCGCCCAUCCAGAUGACGAUGUGUCUGGCGCAGUUAGUGAAGGCAUUAGGGAGUAUCUGCAGUUCAUGAAGCAACGACCGUAUAGCGGAGUGCAAAGGGAUAUUGUGCGGCGCAUCCUCUAUGUGAUCGUGACUAAGUACAAGUUUGAGCCGGAUUACGAUUUCGACUCGGCUGGCGAGAACGAAGCAGACUUUAUGGAGUUUCGUCGGACCCUUAAGGUUCUGUUCGAUAAUAUCGCACAGCUGGAUAAAGAACUGGUUCUUAGUGUGGUUCAAGAGCUUGUACGAACUACGCUGGCGACGUGGAAAACUCUACCUUUCCAGGAUGUUGAAGUAGCUAUCGCCUUCCUCUACCUCCUAGGUGAGGCCGUCCCACAACAAAGCAGUGAGGUCAUUUCGAUGAUGAUUGCCAGUCUCAUUUCAAGUAAUGUGUCAUCACAUCCGCACACAUCUGUACGUUUGCAGUUUUUCGAAACAUGCGCCCGGUUUGAAAAGUUGUUUACUGCAGAGAUGUUACCACCAAUCAUCGCAGCAUUUCUUGACGGGCGUGGUCUACGUUCGACAAACCCUAAUGUCCGCUCCCGUUGCAGUUAUCUUUUCUCGAAAAUGAUCAAGUCGAACAAAAGCAAGCUCGAGGGCUACGUUGAAGAGAUCCUGUGUCGUCUUCACGAUCUGCUGCUGCUGCCGGAAUUCAAUCAGGCAAUGGAUCCGAAUAAGUUGUCUGCUGAUGACCAGCUGUACUUAUACGAGGCGACGGCAGUCCUGAUCAUUACUGGUCAAUACUCUACGGAAAAAAAAGAACAGCUACUACGCCAGUUAUUGUCUCCUCUCAUGCAGAGUUACACAAUGUAUGAAAGCCAGUUGAUGCUUCAACCGCUCCAGUCGCCUCUUCGUCAGCAGAUGGCUGAGCAGAUGUGCCAUGCCAUUGCAUUAACAUCCCGGACGAGCAAAGCGUUUACGAGCAUCCAGACGAUGCGGGCAUGUUGCUGCGUAGAGAUCUACAUUGAGGCAAUAUCGGUGUUUGGUAAAGCUUUAACACUAGCGAAUCCCACAGACGAUCCGGCCGUUGCCUCGGUGCAUACGGCGUUACGACAGUUUUUGCAUCGUAUGGUUGUCUGUUUGCACAGCAGCGAGCUGAUCCCAUUUAUGUCUCAUACGCUGGGAACCAUGCUGGGUGUACAGAACGCACAACAGCCGAUACCACAGCCGUGUGUGAAUCUGUUGGAACGGACUCGUCCGCUUCAGGAAACCAUCCCGCUGAUUAGCCAAAUUCUAGCCAAAUUCAAACGGGAGAAUCUGCCGAUCAUGCAAAGCAGUGUACCGUUGAUGCGGGACCUCUUUUUACCGACGGUGCAGUUAAUUUUUAAGUGCCUCGAAGUACCGAUAGAGUCCAGCGACCAAGUGUCACUCAAAGAUCGUCAAACUCUGCAGCGGGCGUAUUUUGGGCUUAUCCAAGCUAUGGUCUCGGCGGACAUUUUAACCGAAGUAAUAUCGCCCCAAGAAACCCUGCAGUUGGAGAAGGUGUUCAGCACGAUCAUUCAAGGUGCCGUCGAUUUUCCUGACCCUGUAGCGCAAAAAACAUGCUUCUCGAUUCUACGGAAAAUGGUCGAAUCCUGGGGAAAAUGCUCAAACAAUGUUGCAUUCAUACGUUUUAUGUACGACGCCAUACUUCCAGCCUGCUUCCAGGCACCACUUAAGGACACAUUUGACCUAACAGAUGCGCAGACAGCACUCGUCCUUACUGAAAGCGCACACUGCGUCCAGAGUAUUUUCAAGGCUCGGCGAGAAGAGCUUCUUUUGUUUCUGAGCAACGAACUGCUGCCUAAGUUAAGUUUAGAUGGGGCCCAGAUCCAAGACUUUAGGGACCAUAUGCAGCAAGAUAUUAAAUUUUUUCGACCAUACUUCAAAAGUUUAUUCGAACAUUUACGCAAGCGGACCGGUCUAUAGCCCAGUGAUUCAGCCGGCGCCCUCAAACAAUCGCGUAACGGGCGGCGGUGCUUUUGAAAGCGAACCACGUAAAUUUGAUUGCAAUAUCGACAGUCGCGUCAUUUAUAUAUCGUUAUAAUAGCUGUUCGAAGCCAUUCGUACGAGUUGUCGACUUUGCUAAGCAAUCCGCUGUCGCCAAGAUAUACAAGCAACCAAUUCGUACAGCGGGAACAGAAAGAACCGUGCCGAAUGGACGCCAGAAAUCACUUACCAUGUAUUAUGGACUCCACUAGCUAAUCUAAUUAAUUUAUCCAUGCCAAACGGAGUACAUACCGUUUGCAUUGUUUUCAAGUAUUUCUACACUGCGCGUCUCUGUUGUUCAUUCGCACUUCACGAAUCUGCCUGCUUUAACGGCAACGGACGAAUGUUGAAAGCACAGAAAUAUGCUGCGGUACGCGCUGCCUACACCUCGUUUGGUCGCUAGUCCUAUCAUAGAUAAAAAUAUUGUUAUUCAAACGAUGAUGGUGGUGAUGAUGACCGACGACGUAAGAAUUGUGCAUGAGAAUAACUACACGGUGGCUACAAUAAGGCUAGCUAUGAUAUUACUCCUAUAAAUUAAGAAAACUUACUUCUGCACCGAGCUAGCGGACGCUAAUCUAUCGGCGGACGCUAGCGGAUCUAGCGGACGCUUCAAUCUACUGAGUUGUCGACCGAAGUGGAGUUGGACGGGCAUAAAGAGGGAACAAGAUGGUCAGGAGGUCGUCGCUUAUGUUUCCACUCACCGAGUCGAUUCAGCUAACAAGAUGUCCGUAAAGAGAUACAUUAUAUUGAUUCGGACUCUAGUGUUGAUUGGAGAAAACUCCCGCUCGCUUUUGUCACAGCUACUCUUAUAUGUGGUAAGAGUAAAAAAGGGGGAAAAAUUCUACAUUUCUUCACGCUACUGAAAACAAUGUAACCGGUAAAUGAGUGCUGUAGAUACUAGAUAAAUUCCGACCACUGCUCAACAAAAAAACGAUGUCCACAGUAAGGCUAUAGGACUUUUCGCACGUCCAUGCCUCAAAAUGAAAUUAUUUUCGCGGUCGACAACGCGAUGGCAACGGCAGCUGCAGCAACAGCUGUGAGCUAAUGUAUGUACAUUAUUUUUUUUUGUUUCUGCCUUGUUUAUCAUUUGUUUAUAAAUAGAUAUCCGUAAUAUAUAUGUGACACUUGUGUUUGUCGUGGUUCUUUACUGAACAUAGAACCGUGAAAGAGUAGGUAAUCGUAAAAGGCAUAGAUGUGCAUAAGAUACACGAAUAGAGGCGUAUCUCAAUGGGAAUUUGAAUUAUGGCUUACUUUUUCUCAUAAACUCGCAUUAGAGGAGUAUAUUGUCAAAAAAAAAAGUGAACUCUAUAAAUUUCUCAAUUUAAUUUCGGCAUGACAACCUUGUUGGUAGUUCACUAAGCAGAAGCAGGUCAUUUUUAGCUGACCGAAUACGAGAAAGGUAUUUGAACAUGCUAUUUUCUAAAUAGCGAUUUCAUCUCCUGUGUUUUUUUGUCUGUGUUAGUAGCUAUGUGAGGUGUGGGGCGGCAUGAACCAGGGGUGAUGGCAGUCGUUGCUAUAGGCGCGCGUAUGCCUGGUCUGUUUAUGAUUUGGUCGUACUAAAGUGAGCGCGUCAAUUUGUGGAGUUACGUCAUUUUAUGGAGGGCCCUGUUGCCUAAAGGCGAAAGAGCUCACUCAAAUUAUGGUAAAGAAGCAAAACAUAUAACAGUGUAAUAAAAUAACUGUGUCGCGAUAUAUAUAAAAACAUUAUCGGAUUUACAUAAAGUACGUACUACUGUAAGCAGUAGCAGUUCUAUGGCCAACGGCUGAAUAUAAUGUCAAUGAAAUGCAAAGCUAGAUAAAAGAAUACGAUAGAAAGCGGACACGAUAUGCUGAAGUGAGAAGAUGAGGUCAGCGUUUGCGUGUUAUUACCUGUGAACGCUCGUUGAUUUUGACUGUUGUAUAUAAAAGGGGUGGACGUAACACAUAGCAUACGGUUGAACGUAUGGACAAGAAUAUGUUACCGGCGAUCAUGUAGCGAAGACAUAGCGACUAGCAGAUCAAGAAAACAUUAGUUUGAACAUGGUUUGCAGUGUUAUUAACGUCUGGAAGCUAAGCGGGUACUGACCAACGAUCAACUUGAUAAAUAUCAGGUUGGCAAUGAUAUAUAGAGACAAAUCUAUUAUAGUCUACCUCAAUUGCUCAUAGAGACCCGAAACUCCGUUGUAGAACAAAUUGAUGAUGAUGGCGGCAAAGAACAGGUUUCUUUAUUAAAGAACGGCUACGGCGUGCGCCGUUGCAAAAAACAAUCAAAAUUGUUUUCUUGCGGUUAAUUCUUUUCAAUAAUGUACCUAUGAGUGAAAUCCCAGCGGGAAGUCGCAAUGAAAGACGCAUGAAGAUAUGCAUGCAUUCUAAAAAAGUGAAAAAAUAUAGGUAUAUAAGGUGAAACUGUGUCGUCGAAAUAUUCAACGAGAACGGUUUAUCUGUAAAGCGCGUGUGAGAUACGGAUAUAGUGGCAAGGUCAACAUCUAACGAUGAAAUUACGCAAAUGUUGAAUGCUCUUUUUAGCGCAGCACUGUCAAAAGAAUUCUUGGAAAGAGUAUUUAACUCUUUUCCGUAGCACGUUUGGAAGACGAAAUACAACGAGAAUGAGGUAGGCUUGUGAAGAUUGAUGCUGAUUGAUUACAAGAAAGACACAACGCAGGUGACUCUAGCAUGUAGGGAAAAAUCUAUCUGUAUUAUAUUUUUGUUACAAGCUAAUAGCUUAAGAAAUAAUAAAUGAUAACAAUGUUAGGCUGGGCAGCGCGAUAUUUGAACAGAAAGUUGGAAAUACAGGAAAAAUAGGCACUUGAAAAAAAAAAAUGCAAAAAGCAAAAGGAUGAGUCAACAAAAUUUUAAGUUUUUUGGUAGCAGAGACCAGUAUGGAAUUAAACUAGUAAUUAAUAAGCGAUUAUGGAAGUUUAAAGCAAACACGUUUUACAUAAAUAAACAAGACGACGAAGAAGAGAAAACUAAAAAACCUGAGUUCACGCAAUGAGCCAAGUAUAUAUAUACAUAUAUAUAUACCCCAUAAUAUAGAAGUGAAUAUAUUUCGUGUAAUAAUAGUUAUAUAAAGAAUUACUAUUGUCUGUGACUUAUAAGAAGGGUAGAAUACUAUAGAGAAAAGAUAAAUGAUGCCACGAAGAGGCUUCGAGGCUGGUUACAGCGGACGCGUAGUCUUUAGUGGUUAGACUGUCUACGUUUAUUCAUCGCAGACAUUUUUCGGCGAACGCUUAUCGUUAAAACUAUUGAUUGAUGAAAGUCUAUUAUUGAUAAAACCAAGGAAGAAGUGAACAUAUGGAGAACGAGUGAAGCUUAAAGUAUAUAUAUAUAUAUAUAUAUAUAUAUAUAUAUAUAUAUAUAUAUAUAUAUAUAUAUAUAUAUAUCAUGAGGUGAAUAUUAUAUAUUCAUUUCAUUGGAGAUCAUCUGAACCCGAGGUCUUUUUUACCCAAAAGAAACAAAUGGAGUGAAAAGGCUGGACGUGUUAUAAUUAGAGAAGAAAAAUUAUUGCACAAUGUCUGUUAACCAACUAGUUAAACCAGAUUGUUGUAAACAAGCGAAAAUUAGCCUCGGCUAAGCAAACUUCGCUGGAGCCGUAAAAUGCCAGGCAAAUUCGAUUCGUUAAGUUAGAUGAAAAAUAGAAAAACAAUGAUAUAUACAAAAGUUCCAUUCUUUCGACUACACAAGCAUUAGCACAGCUGCAAUUGGAAAACCUGCCCGUAAAUUUUUGGAGACUGUUGAUGUCUGUAACGCAUAAAAUAUAUGAUGCGUGGGUUUAUCAAGAAUUGUGGGGUCAGGCAUAAGUCAACUUUAUUUGCAUUUUUGUAAAUACAUUUCUAACUGUAGACUCGUUAUUUUCAAAAUGUGUAGCAACCGUUUGGUUAUUUCAUGGACGCUUUGGAUAGCUGGUGAAUUGCUAAAGGAAAUAUAGAAUUGACAACAGAAAAACACGUAACCGUUUUGCCCGACAUUUGUCGAAUCCGUGGAACAUUGUUUGGACAAAAGAAACAUUGAACAUUACUGUUGCAGUCACUCAGAAGUUCGUAUCAUUGCAAGAAAUUAUUUGCAAUAAACUCCAUUGGCGUUAUUUUUUACUGAAAAUAACUGGCUGCUAAGCAUUUUCUUUUAGGUUGUCUAUUUUUAUAUGGAAACGACUUGGAUUCAACGAAAGUAUAAUUUAUAGCAUAAAGCAAUAUAGGAAUUAUCUUUAUCUUAUUAUUAUUAUUAUGAUGAAACGUCAACCGGCAUCGGUAUUACAACGAAAUUAUGCAUU